AUGCGGUCAAGGCUUCGAGUUCGGUAUCAUAGACCCCGCAUUGGGCCUGAUGGCGCCUUCUCUAUUUCCGGCGUGUCAGAGGCCGCACCAACUCUUGUUGCAUCGAGUGCCAAGAAGGGGAUUCGGUUCUGGCUUGUGCUUGUUGCUCUUCUACUUUCGACAUUCCUGGCAUUACUUGAAGGAUAUGCCGUGUCAAUGGCUUUGCCAACAAUCGUUGGCGAUCUACAUUCGAAUCAAUUCGUGUGGGUCGCCAGUGCGUACGCUAUCGCGAGUACUGCCCUUCUCCCGCUGAGUGGCGGCCUUUCAGAGGUGUUUGGCCGACGCCCGAUUGUGCUCGGAUCUGUGGGGUUGUUCGCUCUUGGAGGUGCAUUGGCCGGUGCCUCGCAAAGCAUGAACAUGCUCAUCGCAGCCAGAGUGGUGCAAGGUGCAGGCGCAGGCGGCAUAUUUUCUAUGUCGCAGAUAAUUUUGGUGUGUUUCCUGAUGCUCGUCACUCUGCAAGAGAGGGGAACGUAUAACGGUCUAUUCGGCCUCAUAUGGGCACUGGGUGGUGGCUUGGGUCCAGUCGUCGGAGGCGCCUUGGCCCACCAUACCACGUGGAGGUGGAUUUUCUAUCUCAAUGUUCCUGGCUGCGGUAUUGCGUUAAUGUUCAUAGUAUUCGCGCUCAAACUCAAUAGAUCGGACCCCGGCACCAUUCCGUCUGCGUUGGCUCGUCUAGAUUGGAUCGGGAACACGUUGGUUAUCGCGUCGACGUGUGCCUGUGUGAUUGGAUUGACCUGGGGCGGUGUUGUCUUCGGCUGGCGGUCUGCUCACGUUGUCGUACCGAUCGUCCUUGGAAUUGUGGGCCUCGUCCUCUUUUGCGUGUACGAAUGGCACUACCUUCCGGUGUAUUAUCAGGCCUGCAAGGAUGCCUCACCAACGAGGUCUGGGGUCAACCUCUUUGGAUUAUGCUUCUCGACAGGCCCGGUUUCCAUAAUUGUGGGAGUGAGCAUCGCCAAGCUCAGGCGAUACCGCCCGCAAAUCUGGAUCGGAUGGUGCCUCAUCAUUAGACUGCAAAUCCACUCUAUUGUCGGCGUAGCCCUCAUUAGCACCGUCACGGAGUCCACGACCAAAGCAUCGUCCAUUGGCUACCAGAUCAUCGCCGGCUCCGGGAUAGGCAUCAUCUUUUCUGCCGCUUACUUCCCUGUUCUGGCUCCUCUGCCGAUCACAUCGAAUUCCCCGGCGUUGGCACUUUUCAUGUUCUUUCGCACAUUCGCUCAGGCGUGGGGCGUCACGAUUGGAGGCACUAUCUUGCAGAAUGAACUUCGUAGCCGGCUACCAGAGGGCCUCGAGAGUCAUGUUCCUGGACUGAACAACCUUGCAUAUGCCGCCAUUCCGAUCAUCCGCGCAUUACCACAGCCAUUGAAAGAUCAAGCUCGCCAUGCCUUCGCGGAGUCGCUCGCGACUGUAUGGAGGCUUCUCAUUGCCGUCGCAGGGGUUGGAUUAAUUUUCAGUCUACCUAUGAAGGGGCUUCCGUUGCAUACCAUGAAGGAUGAGAACUGGGCGAUGCGUGAGACGGAGAAGAAGGGCGCGGAGAUCCCUGAGCUGAAUGGUGCAUUGUAG